UAUUCUUAUCAUUUGUCGCACAGAUAUUCGUGUUAUAAUGACUCGUCUAUGCCUGGCAUGGGAUGGCAGUCUCAACCACAACAGGGCCAGCAAUGCCCGUCCCAUCAGCAGUCGGGUCCCACUCAGCAGCAACUGUCGGUCGUAACCACGGUUUGGGGCGUAAAGACCAGUAACCAAAACGGACCGCCGAUGGGUCCGCACACGUAUAGCACGGCUAAUGGGCCGCCGACUAACGGCCCCACCGGUGUAACUGGCGUUCCCUAUGGUGGACAGACAGGUCACGACGGCUACAGCCCGUGCCCCACCACUCCUAUGCCGCCACAAAAGUCUUACCAAACGCAGCCAAUGGCUCAGAGAGGACCGGGACCCGGACGCAAACGGAAACAACAGUCGGCGUCACCCGUGACCGACCACUUCCACCACCGCUAUGGCCCACAAACGACGGCAACAGCUAUGUCUUCGGGAAUGGGACCUACGAUGCCAUCAUCGGCGCCGACAACUAACGGCGACUUCCAGGGCGGACAGUCCGCCUUAAGUACGGCGGCACUCGUAGCCGCGGCCACCGCUACGGCCACCGCAACCGCCAGCGUCGUAGCCAUGCAGGGAAGGGAACAGGAUGUCAUGUGUCAGCCACAGUAUGGACAGAUGCAGCCAAUGCACGGCCAGUCCUAUCAGAGCAACAGUUAUGUCCCGCAAAACAAUCAACGAAUGUCUUCGUGUCCGCCGCAGUCGAUGAACGGCCCGAUGGGUCACAUGAACUCCAUGUCCGCUCAGAUGCAUAACCCGAAUAUGAUGUCCGGCGGCGCCACCAACGGAAUGACUCCGUCGAUGGGGUCUAUGAAUGGGCCGAUGGUUAUGAACAAAGGCAUGAACAACGGGUCGAUGGCACCCAUGACUGGCCCGUCUCCCGGACCCAUGUAUGCCGGCGGUGGUGGUGGUGGACCCCGGGGCGCCCGACCCGGUCCUUACGCCAACCCUCAGCAACAGUAUAUGGCGCAGAAGCGACAGUACAAUACCGGCGCCGUUCAGCAACACUACAACUCGGGACCAGUUAUGCAAUCGUAUGGAUCGGUAUCGCAAUCAACGGUUAACUACAACUCAAAUCAAUACACAAAUAAUCAGGGAAUGCAAUACCAGAAGCCAGGCAUGCAAUCGAUGCACCCCCACCCCCACCCCCAUCAACAACAACCACCCAAUCAUCAGCAACACCAGCACCCGGUGGUGGGCCCCACUGGGCAACAGUACAACCCGGCUAUGCAAUCGGUUCAGUCGAUGCAAACACCGGCGGGCGGUUACCCCCAGAAUCAGGUCCAGCAGCCCAUGAAGCCGAGUAUGAGGGGUCAGGCGCCCCAAUACCCGCCCAAUCAGUAUUACGGACAGAUGGGCGGCCAAGUGGGCGGUCAGGUGGUGGGUCAGGGCGGCGGUCAGAUGUCGCAUCAGGUGCCGCACCCGUCGCAGGGACCCCAUAACCCCUCGCAGGGACCCCAUAACCCCUCGCAAUACGACCCCCAGAGCUACGGCUCCGGACAGUACACGACUCAUCCCAACAACUUUCACCGCGCCAUCAAUAACUACCAGCACUCACCCAUUCCCGGCAACCCUACGCCCCCACUCACACCCGCCUCCAAUAUGCCGCCCUAUCUGUCGCCCAACGCCGACAUUAAGCCCUCGUUCGUCGGCCCCGACACCAAACCCCGGCUCCAGACAAGAGAUGAAGAGCUGAGGCUAACGUUCCCCGUGAGGGACGGCAUAAUACUGGCGCCCUUCCGACUGGAGCACAACCUGGCCGUCAGUAACCACGUCUUCCACCUGAAGCCCACCGUUCACGAGACGCUGAUGUGGAGGUCGGACCUGGAGUUGCAACUGAAAUGCUUUCAUCACGAGGACAGGCAGAUGAACACCAACUGGCCCGCCAGCGUACAGGUGUCCGUCAACGCCACGCCACUCAUCAUCGAUAGGGGAGAGAACAAGACCUCUCACAAGCCGUUGCACCUGAAGGAGGUGUGUCAGGCGGGCAGGAAUAUGAUCCAGAUCACCGUCACCGCCUGUUGUUGUUCACACCUAUUCCUGUUACAACUGGUGCACCGGCCGACCGUGCGGUCUGUACUGCAGGGUCUGCUCCGCAAACGCCUCCUACCCCUCGACCACUGCGCCGCCAAAAUCAAGAGGAACUUCACGAACGGCUCGCUUCCGGCCAAUCAAAGUAAUCAGACGGCGGUCGAGGAGGGAGUGGAACAGACGGCCAUCAAAGUGUCCCUCAAGUGU